UACUAGGUUGAAAUUAGUUCAGCGAAGGAUAAUACUCUCUCUUUCCGGCCUCUCCUUGUCCAGCCACUAGCCGCCACCUUACACAGAAUCCUGCCAGUUCCGCCGCUGCUGACGCAGUCUAUCGCCGGUGACUGCGUAUGCCGGCAACGGAAGCCCAAAAACUCCUUUGUUUCUCAUUCUUCUCCCCUUCUUUCCUUUUGGCCGGUUUGGAUUUUUUUUUCUGAAAACCUCACUUAAAAGCUAUAGAGCAUAUUCCCUUCUACAUAUUUGCUUAGAAUUACACAAAAAAUUCUGACAUGUUCCCCAAAGUUCAUCUAGUACUCAAGCUCCGGUUUCUCGUCUCCUCCUCGAACUGCCAGUUUCCAACUAUAAACUCCGCUGUUCGAAUUACUGCCACCUAUUCGACAAUAUGCCAAAACCAAGUUGGAAGCCGGAGGGCAGAAGUUAUGGAGCAUCCGAGAGAUUCUAUUGAACUUUUCAGGAAAUGGGGUUGCAGCGAAAAUGAUUUGUUGAAGAUUUUUUCACGCCGGCCUUCUUUGCGCCAUGCUCAAGUUACUCCCCUGUUAUCCAAACUCAACUUGCUGAGUAGCUUGGGACUUACCGGUUCGGACAUUGUUAAGAUAAUCAGUUGUCGCCCUCGUUUCUUGUGUUAUCGUAUCAAUAAUUGCUUUGACGAGCGGGUUGAAUUUCUCAUGACACUAUUCGGGUCACGAGAAAUGCUUCGUAAAGCCCUUGUUAGGAACCCUUCGCUCUUGUUGUAUGAUUUCCACAAUAGGAUGAAACCAGUCAUUGCGUUGUAUGAAGAAUUUGGAGUUAGCGGAAAUGAUCUGAUUAAAAUGCUCAUCUCGCGGCCCACAUUGAUCCCAAGGACUUCUUUUAAUGAGGAGAAGAUGGAAUAUAUAAAGAAAACAGGGGUUUCAAAAGGUUCCAAAAUGUAUAAAUACGUGGUUGCACUUAUUGGCAUAUCGCGGCUUGAGACUAUACGUGAAAAGGUGACAAACUUGGAGAAAUUUGGGUGUUCAGAGGAGGAGGUUUGGAGUCUUUUGGCACGGUCUCCCCUUAUUUUGACAUUAUCAGUUGACAAGGUUCAAAGGAACAUGACUUUUAUUCUGGGGACCAUGAAGCUCUCUCCAAAACUGGUGCUUCAGCACCCUUUUUUGCUGUUCUGCAAUCUGGAAGCUAUAUUGAAGCCGCGGAUAUUAUUGGCUGGGAAGCUAAAGGAAAUGGAGCUCCAUCCACAGAUUAAGGGAUCACUGAUGUUAAGGGCACUGAGGAUGACAGAAAUUCGAUUCUUGACAGCAUUUGUUAAAUGUCACCCACAAAAUGUGGCCACUGAACUGUUGGAGUUCUACGAACAUGCUAAACGUUGCAAGCGAUUGGCGGAGGCCUCAAAGAAAAUACUGCGCACUGGAUUUCCAUUUUGAACAUUUUCGUUUAUCAGGUGCUGCUGCGUUCAUUUCUUUUGCUCCUUGAAAGUUUCACGAGUUUAGAUGUCAAGACUAAUCAUGUUUUUAGAAACUAGGAUUUCUCCCCUCUUGUGCCAUGAUGAUUUCGUUAGCGGUUCUUUUCGGAAUUCUAUUUGUUAUUCUCAAUGUGUAAUGUGAGACUCAAAUUUUGGCACAUAAAAGUAGAUGCCUUUUCGUGUAUCAUUGGUAUUUUCUCUGCCAAAAUCCCUUCUACUCCCCCGGGUUGAAGAGCUAAAAAUUUAGCUUUGUUGGGUAUGUCAGUCGUAACCUUUCAUCAGCUUAAGGACUGUGAUUAUAGGAUUUAUUUAAUAAGUGGUAUGAAACUUAUAUUAUUUAUUUA